AUGUCGUUCUUUAGCUCGCGCCCCCAGAAAGACCCGCUUGAUGACACGGAGCUAGAUGCCUCGUUCCAAUCCGUUCAGCUUGGGGAAUCUAGUAUUGGCACAUCUAUUUCGACUUCAAAUUCAUGGGCUGGGGCACCUAGGCCUCCACUACCGGGAUGGUCUAUGUCAGGAACCCUGCCUCCACCCCCUCCUCCACCUCUACCACCUAUCUCUCGGAACGACCAACAGUCAGUGUCAUCUAUAUCUCGACGCCCCCCAGGUUUUCCAGGUGGUCAUGGGCCUCCGUCCAUAGUUUCAUCCAUCUCCGAUGCGGUUUCAAGUGGUAGCCGGCAGAAUACCUGGGGGAGUACGCCUAGUCCGCCCCCUCCACCCGCACCAUCAGGCCCUCCAGCUCCCCCGUCUAGGGCUGUUGGUUUUGUACCACGACUGGGGCGACGGCCGCCGCCGCCGCCACCUUUCGACUGGCGCGAGUACGAAUGUCUCGGAGGGCAGUCACCACCACCACCGCAGAUAUCAGCCCCAGUAUUAAGUUCAUGGACUGGAACUCCUCUACCUGUCCCUCCUCCUUCUCCUCCUCCUCCACCACAGGGGCUACAUGUGCACAACGUUAGACCUAGCUGGGACCGCAGGGUUAUCCCCCCACCACCGCCAGCGAGGCCCAACGGGCUAUGGGGACCUCCCCCACCCCCAGCUCCGGCUUUAACUGACGAUUACAACGAACGCCGGUAUGCAAACAAAAAAUUCAUUCGAGAAGGGUCGUUCCAUUUUCUAGGUCUCCCUCGCGAGAUCAGAGAUGAAAUCUAUAAACAGCUCCUAAGCCGGGACCCACCGCCAGUCAUUGUACCGGGACGCCGUUCAUACCCUCCAACAUAUAAGCAAAUAGCGAUUGAUCUAUCGAUAUUUCGCGUUAAUAAGCAGGUACACCAUGAGGCCACUGAGUGGUUCUAUGGGCAAAAUACGUUUGUGAUAAGAUUGUCAACGAAUAUGCAUAAGAAUAAGAUUAAGGUUCAGUAUAAUACCCCGUGGGAGGCCGUGACUUACUCUUUUACGCAGGGUCGUACAAACCUCACCGAACCUAUAAUCGAAAGCGAAUACGAGGAUCACUACGACUCGCUACCAAGGGAACCCAUGUCUCAAAGGCUACAUCUUGCCGAUGCCUACUGGCCGCUAAUCCGUAACAUAAGAAUCGAUAUUGAAGAUUUUCGAGACCAGCGACUUUUCAUCCUACCUCCAAGCCCACUAAGUUUACGGCCCGAGGAGAAAACACGGAACGCAAUACUCUUGCCUUUGCUUGAGCGCUUACGACCCAUGCUAGAUGCCGCUGGGGAAAACCUAAGGGUUCAUAUACACGUCGUGUCGGGUAUGCUUACAGAAUACAUCAAGAAAAAGACUACAGCUGGAUUCAAUGGAACGAUAGCAGAAGAGUUUAUUACUGAAGCGUUUUACGGAAAAUUUGAGUCGUUACUAAACACUUUCUAUGAGGAUAUGCUUAGAAUGGUCUGGCCUUUUACUACGGGAUCGUGGCAAUAUAGUAUUACCGUGCCUUCAGUGCUCAAUAUCUGGACUGAAAGGCUCAAAGAAGCGGUACUACAAGACUGUAACAGAGACUCCAGACUUGACGAAGCGGAGAGGGAGAGGUUUAAGACAUUUAAAGAAGGGAAUGUUAGCAAGGAUUACUUAUGGGUUAAAAGACAGGGAAGAUUGUUGGUACUGAACCGGUCUUUGUAUAUCUCUACGGGAAAAGGGAAACGGUCCGCGGCUAUACUUGAGAGGGCAGGCUUUAUCAGAUCCGGGUUAAGUACCUUCUUUCCCGAAGGCCUCUUGGAUCUACUGCCUGACAGGACACCGGAUAUUUCGUUUUAUCUGGGAGAGAUCUAUGGUCCGGAAGAUAUUGAAGAUUGGCGGUGA